UACGCUAGUACUAGGGGACAUUGGACUCGUGGGUCAAGCGUAUUUAGAGGGUCACUGGUGUUCUGUUGUAUUCAUUAGUCGCUUCACAUCACAGCUAGUGACACGGGACUUACUUUAGACCAACUGGUGAUUUGUUGCAUUCAUUAGUUGCUCCACAUCACAGCUUGUCGCACUGGAUUUACUUUAGACCAAGUGUUUCCAAACUUAAGGACUAACACAAUGGAAGUCUGGAACAUGCAGACUUUGGUUUUGUUGGCUAUGGUCUCUUCUACCCUUGGGGUGACGACACUUAUAAUGGCGCCCGUCAGGUCGACCGGGGACGAGGUGGGGCUGAUAUUUGUACCUGGUGCCAGCAUCAAGGGAGAGGCUUAUCAAAACACAGCUGCAGCCAUACAACAAGCCAGCCAGCUCCGCCUAUGGGUGGCCCUAACUGGCAACUACACAUUUGACACGCCCAACCCUCUGGAGCUGCCCAGCGCCAUCCAAGACGCCAUCACCAAGUUGUCUGCCGCUGGCAUGAAGGGAGAUAAUUACGUAGGUGUCGCUCACAGUCUGGGAGGCGUGUUUCUGGCACCGUAUGCCAAGUCCUCCAGCCUCAAGGCCGUGGUCCUCCUGGGUUCCUACUUAACGAAGACAAACAGCCUCAGCAACUAUCCCGUACCCGUCAUGACUUUAUCCGGCGAACUGGACGGCCAGGCUCGCAUCACGCGCAUAGCCGUGGAGUAUGAGCACCUCCUGCAGCUGGUCCAGAACUCCACAGACGCCGUGUACAGGAAGCCGGUCAUCAACCUGAAAGGGGUCAGCCAUGCGCAGUUCGCUUCCGGUCCCAUGCCGCCCCAGGUCGUCAAGUACGAUUUAAAACCGGAUGUGAACGAGAGCGUUGCGCAUGCGUUGAUUGGGAGUCAGAUCAGCAACUUCCUCACAGUGACCUUCAAUAGCCCGGCUGCAGCUGUUGCUGCUGCUAAAAUAGAGCUGGAGAACAGCUUCAAGGACGCUGGUUUACGGUUCCAGCCUCUGUUGGACGUGAGAAACGUGGACACCAACGGCACUACGUCAUCUGUCUGGUCAGUCUACUUACAAGAUGUCAUCGCUGGAGACCUGGCUUCCAGAACUCAGAUCACCAAUACGAUAGAAGCAACAACCGAGUUCAUCCUGUCUAAGCCGGACAUUCAUAAAAACGGAAAUGACGUCACCAUCAAAACGACCACCCACAUCGAGUAUGCGACAAAUGCGAUGGACAUUUCCACCAUCCCCGAGAGUCCUGCGGAAGUGGAUAUCAAGUUUAAAUCUUAUGACGCAAUCCAGCAGGCGUUAAGCCAGUCGUCAUUGUUCGACCACACCACCACCUGCCGGGAUUUGAACCAGCUGGCUGUCAGCAUCGCACUGAUCAAAAGCACUGACCAGGCCAGGAGCAGAUACACGUCCAGGGGUCGGCCCAUCAUCCUGCAGGACGACGUGCUGGUGAGCACUGGCCUGGAGUGGGUCAACGGUCACCUCAAGCUGACCGAGGACGACGCUGGUCUACACGUGCAGUCAGUGGCCCUCAACGUGCCCAUCACCAGCCCCAUCUUCCCCGGUAACUUCUACUGUAAGGUGCUGUCGCCAUACAGGGCCAUGGAGUGGAUCAAUGUGGACUCACUGCGGGCCCACAAGCCGACCACAGAUUAAUGUGGACUCGCUGCGGGCCCACAAGCCGACCACAGAUUAAAGUGGACCGCCUAAAUUACCACAAAUCAUACAAAAUUAAUUGUCGGCCGAUUAUGUUAUUAGUUUUUUUGAAAUAAACCCUAUCGUUUUAAAUAAACUAAAUAUCAGUUA